AUGGAAUCAAUGGGUGCCAUUGCAGAGGGGGAAUGGAGCUCUCUCAGCGGAAUGUACACCACUGAGGAAGCUGAUUUCUUGGCUCAGUUGCUAGGAACCUGCGCCGGGGAAGGUGACCCCAUGAACAUGGUGGCUGGCCAUGGAGGAUCAAGAAUGAGCAUGGCGGGAUUCGAAGAAGCUGCGGCCAUUCAUGGAACUUCCUUCUCCAACAGUUUUGGUAGCAGUGGUUCCAUGCCAAUGGAGUUUUGCAUGGGAGAUCAAGAAAAUAAUGACAAUAACAACAUAGAUGGGAACAGUAACUUUUAUCUAAUAGAUCAAGCUGAUAAUCAUGACUGGUUGAACCUCGAGAUCAUGAGCUGUGACCAUGGCAAUGCCGACGAGAUUACUCCUAUUUCUUCCGGUAAAAAUAAUGGACAACCUCUUCUUGAUGACAAAAGAUCUCAGCAGAAAUCUGAAUCACAGAUCAUGAUUGUACCACCCCACAACACUAAUAAUCCUACACAGAAUUCCAAGAAGAGGACCCGAGUUCCAGCAGAUGCUCAGAAGAGCAAGAGGAAUGUGAGAGUGAAGAAGGAGAAGAACCAGAAGAGCAGUGUGUCAACCGCUAGCGACAAGGAAGAAGACAUUAAUGGCGGUGGGAAUAAUAAUUACAAGCAGAGCUCGAGCAGUUGCUGCUCUGAGGAAGAUGACUCGAAUGGUUCGUCUCAGGAGAUCAAUGGAGGAACAACAACAUCAAGCUUGAGUUCUAAAGGGAAAGCAGCACUUAACGUGAAUGGCAAAACAAGAGCCAACAGGGGUGCAGCUACUGACCCGCAAAGCCUUUACGCUAGGAAAAGAAGAGAAAGGAUAAAUGAGAGAUUGCGGAUCUUGCAGAGCCUCGUCCCAAAUGGAACAAAGGUUGAUAUUAGCACAAUGCUUGAGGAAGCUGUCCAUUAUGUGAAAUUUUUGCAGCUCCAGAUUAAGCUGUUGAGCUCUGAUGAUUUAUGGAUGUAUGCACCUAUUGCAUACAAUGGAAUGGACAUAGGACUUGAUCUGAAGAUAACCAGUACCUUAAGAUGA